CUUACCUACCCUAGACAGAGCCAGAGAGCUUUAUUGUAAAUAUCUUCAGGUCAAUUACCCCAGGUACUGCUGUUGCUCACAGCCCCUUAAAUUUGACCGCACGUAUUCCUGUGCGAAUGAAUCGUUCUAAAGGCGCGAGGGACUUAAUUAUCCUUGCUGCAUCAGAGAAAAUAGAGAAAGAAAUAAGAAGAAAAAAGCUCCAACGGCCUUGGUAUGCAGCACGUCCUUGCGCCCUAAUCACCCCGCACCCUCUUCGCCUCCCAUUUUGGCACCAGUAACAAGAUGGAGGACGACCGCGCAGAAGUAGAUCUCGGCAUUGCGGUCGAUAUCGAGCAAACACAAAUCGCUGCAGCAAAUGCCGCGGCUCCAGGAUUGAAGCAGCCGAAGAAGCGAUUUGUCGGCCGCAGGACAGCGGCUCAGGCAGCGCAAAGCGGCUCUUGGGGUGGUGAUGCCCCAGCAGUGACAAGCGGGGCUGUACAAGCCGCCAAGCCGAAACGGGCUCCUCGUCUGCUCAACCAGGUGCCCCAAGAGUUGCUAGAUGACACCGACCUCAAGGAGGCCAUAAGUCUGCUGCCAGCAAACUAUUCUUUUGAGAUCCACAAGACUAUUCACAGAAUACGCUCCCUGGGGUCCAAAAGGGUUGCGCUGCAGAUGCCCGAAGGUCUCCUCCUCUUUGCGACCACUAUAUCAGACAUCUUGACGCAGUUCUGCCCCGGCAUUGAGACGCUCAUCAUGGGAGACGUGACCUAUGGCGCGUGCUGCAUUGAUGACUACACUGCUCGGGCCCUGGGAUGCGAUCUGCUAGUCCACUACGCCCACAGCUGUCUGAUCCCGGUGGAUGUCACAAAGAUAAAGACCUUGUACGUCUUUGUCGACAUCAGCAUCGACACAUCUCACCUGCUGGCAACUUUGGAGCGCAAUUUCGCUACUCCUCGCACUAUUGCCCUAGUUGGUACUAUUCAGUUCAACGCCACCAUUCACGGCGUGAAAUCUACGCUGGAGAGCGCUGGCUUCACUAUUGUUGUCCCGCAGAUUGCACCUCUUUCCAAAGGCGAAAUCUUGGGCUGCACAUCCCCGGAUCUGACAAGACGCCCUGGUGCAGCCGAGACACGAAUAGAUAUGAUACUGUAUCUUGGUGAUGGUCGCUUCCAUCUUGAGAGCAUUAUGAUACACAACCCAGACAUUCCCGCCUACCGUUACGAUCCUUACUCCCGCAAACUCACACAUGAGGAGUAUGGGCAUACGGAGAUGCAGGACCUGCGGCGGCAGGCCAUCCGCACGGCCAAGACAGCUCGCAAGUGGGGGCUCAUUCUCGGUUCACUGGGGAGGCAAGGCAAUCCUCAUACGCUAGAGCUUAUUGAGCGCAGAUUGACCGCGCUUGGAGUCCCAUUUGUAAAUCUACUUCUCAGUGAGAUUUUCCCUGGAAAGUUGGCCGCCAUGGGAGAAGUUGAAUGCUGGGUACAAGUUGCCUGUCCCCGCCUGAGUAUCGACUGGGGCUAUGCAUUCCCACGCCCGCUGCUUACUGCCUAUGAAGCCCUGGUUGCUUUGGGGGAAAAGGAAGAUUGGGGGAAUGGGGUAUACCCUAUGGAUUACUAUGGAAAGGAAGGGCUGGGCAGGACCAAACCUCUUAGUUCCAUCGAGACAAUAGCAACCUAAAAGGGGGAGUAGGGUAUGAGUUCGGACCUUUGGCCUGGCUGAUAUCUAUCUAUCUGGUUCAAGUGCACAUUGGGUAGGGACUGCACAGUCCCAGUGUCGUUUUAUGUCAUUAGCUAGUGAACCCUCCACUCGUCCUCAAGUAUCACCGCCUUCACAGCGCCAUACGCUGUAUUAUCCGAGUGAACCACUACUCUACUAUACAGUCACAAAGUUGAGGCUGUGUUUGGAUUUUAAAUACUGAUUAAAUCGUAUGGAGUAACUAUAACAGCUACGUAUAAUAUUGUAUGCCAUUGCCCUAGUGGAAUCGAAUUUCAUCACAUG